AAUUAUGUAUAAUACAUCAUCACUUGAAAAUGAUUCGCAUAUGUAAACAUAUGUAUAUAUAUACAUAUAGUUUAACUAUAAUCUUUGACUAUAAGAGAUAAAAUACUAGAGAAGAAAAAGAAAAGAAUAGAUUGAUCAGGAUGUAUCUUUGCUUUAUCUUUCUAUUAAUUUGACAUUGGCACUUCUUGGCUUAUUAUCUCGCUUAAAAAGUUAUUAUCGUUAUUAUUGAACUUUGAUAUACGUAUUCUUUAGUCGUUUAAUGUUUACUUUACAAUCAUGAUAUUUCCAUCAAUACGUUUAUAUUUCAUCCUUGUUUUUAAUCUAUUGUUUACAAGGAACAAUGUAACAUCUUCCAAAAAUCCAGAUUCUUCCAUUAUGUUAGAAAGAUUGAACAAUGGCUCCUAUCAUGUGAUUUUAAAUAUUCAUAAUCCUUUUUUUGAAGAAAAUAUAACUAAUACUUAUCGUGACAACCCAUUCCUUAUAGAUACUUCUUCGCAAAGUAAGAAUUUAUCGUUUAAUAUCAGUGAACUUAAUUCAGAAAAUAAUUCAUUAUUAAUGGAUAAUAAUGAAACAAUGAAUGACAUAAAUAGAACUAGUACAUCGUACAGUCAUAAUCCUUUCUUUAAUUCAGCAAUUACAUCUACUUUAGCACCUUUUUUGAACAAACUAGAGAAUAGUUCUAACUUAUUAACUAAUAUGUCUACAAUAAUGGAUGUUCGUAAUCAACAAAAUAUUCCUAAUCAAAGAAAUGUUUCUAAUAUUACCGAUAUAGUUAAUAAUAACAAGAAACAUGUUUUAAAUCCUCCUCAAAAUCAAUCUAAAUGUUCAGAAAUUUUGAACGAAUACAUUUCUAAAACGAUAUCGGAUAUUAAAUGUGAAGAAUACAAUAAACAAUUUCUGGUUAUAUCGAAAGUACAAUCUUUAGUUGCUAAUAAUCCACAAGUUACCCAAGUAGAAAAACAAUGCACAAGGUCUGAUCCACUUAUAACUGGCGGCGAGAUUGCAACACCUGGUGAAUUUCCACAUAUGACUGCAUUAGAGAAAAUACUAAAGGACGGAUCUCUUAUGUUUAUCUGUGGAGGCACAUUAAUUUCACCUUAUUGGGUACUUACAGCUGCACAUUGCUCUCAUGGGCCAAACGGUGCUCCAAAUGUUGUGAGAGUUGGUCUUCAUAAUAUAGAGGAUAAGAAGUCUGGAAUUAUGAUUCAUAUAGAAAGAAUAAUACGACAUCCAUUUUACAAGCCUCCUAUAAUAUAUGCAGACAUAGCUCUUAUUAAAUUACAAGAAGCUGUUGAAUUUAGUACUUUAAUCAGACCAGCGUGUCUUUAUCAACAGUACGAUAAAUUAUGCUCAACAGCUUGGGUUAGCGGCUGGGGUGCUACAAAAUAUUUUGGUAAUCCGAGUAAAAAAUUGCGAAAAGCAGAACUUGAUUUGAUAAGUAAUAUUGCAUGUUCGUUAAGAUAUAAUAGUACCUUUAGAAUCCCAAAUGGUAUAACACCUAGUAUGAUAUGUGCGGGUCAACUUAAUAGUAAAGAUGAUCUUUAUAAUGCGGAUGAUAUUAAAGAUACUUGCCAAGGAGAUUCUGGUGGCCCUUUACAAAGACUACAUCCAAGAUAUUCAUGUCUUUACCAAGUUAUUGGAAUUACAAGUUUUGGCGCAGGUUGUGCGAUUGAAAAUUCACCUGGUGUGUAUACAAGAGUCUCAUAUUAUCUUAAUUGGAUAGAGGAUAUUGUCUGGCCAGAAGAGUAGCUCAAAUGAAUAUUGUGAUAUCUUACAAAAGGAUUGUUUCAAUUUUAAACUCAAGAUAUUUUAUUAUCGUGUAUCGUUUUCCAUGUAAGACCAUCUCCAUAUGGCCCAUGAGUUGAAGGAAACAAAACAUACCACCAACUUCUGAAAAUAUUUAAGUGGUAUAUUAAAUAAAUAAAUAAAUAAAUAAAUAUACAAAUAGAGAUAAAAA